CAUCUUGACAAGAUCGCGAAUACCUCUCCCCAUCUAGUGGAUCAUUCGGUGGGGUCGCACGGCUUAACCAUCCAGGGAAGUCGAAGUCAAAUUUACUAUCCGAGCCAUGCAAACUCCGUUGGGUCUCAAGGCGCUCACACCCCCGCAUAA